AUGUCUCAAACAUGCUCCGUCCUCAUCGCCGCUGCACUGCUGGUGGUGCAGCUUUGCAUGGGUGAGAAGUCCUGCACCAUCUGGUCAGAAGCUGGAGCCGUGGUGCAGCGAUACACCAGUUUUAGGUUGUACUGCACCUUUAACUGCAAGUGCAAUGGAUCCAUGUACAGUGGCCACCCGUCAACACUCGAGAUACACACUGAGCUGAAUUCUACAACCAUAUAUUUUAAGGUGGUGAACAUAACAAAGAACAGGACUUACAGCUGUCAGUGUAACUGUUCUCCGACACUGGACCCCUGUGGACUGGACAUCUUCACUGGGUAUGUACCAGAUCGUCCUAAAAACCUGUCAUGCAUCUACAAGGUCUUAAAUAAUACAAGUGGAGAUGUGCUGUGCACUUGGAACCCAGGAAGGCACACUUAUCGUAGAGACAAAACAGAGCUGUGGUUGAGAACUGUAGCAGGAAAUCACAAGAGUAAACCAGAGCCAAACAAUGUCUCCAGUAAGGGAACUGGCUCACUGUCCGUUAGGUUCACUGUCCUCAGGUCUGUGCAGCUCAUCUACGUGUGGGUUAAAGCCUGCAAUGACCUGGGCCGUGUGGAGUCUGACACCGUUAACUACUCCCUCACUGACAUCGCAACGCCGUCACCUCCUGUUCUUGGGCGACCAGAGUGCUCCUCCCGGGAGUGCAUUUUCACAGUGGAACAGCCUGUGAGGACUAAGCACCUGCAGAUCCAGUACAAAGCAGCAGAACAGACAUGGACAUCUCACCCAGAUCUAAGCGUACCGAUGAGUACAGUUCCGGCUCGUUCCAUCUCCUCUCUGGAGCCCUACAGUUUGUACCAUUUCAGAGUCCGAUCCAGCUUCAGCAACGGCCUGUGGAGUCAGUGGAGCACAAACGCUUCCAGCAGGACUCAGGAGGAGGCUCCUGAAAAAGAGUUGGACGUAUGGUACGAUGCGUUUGAAUUACAAUCCCUGAGAGUUUACUGGAAGGAGCCGCACAUUUCCAUCGCAAGAGGAAAGAUCCUAGGGUACAGCGUCAGAGUUUACCGUCCAGACUCUGGACUGGACCUUGUCACUAACUUCAGCCAGCAUGCCAGGAAUUAUUCUGUCCGAAAUUGUGCUACCUGUGAAGUGACUGUGUGGGCUCGCAACUCCAAAGGGUUGUCGCCUCCUGCUACAAUCACACAUCACACAAAAGCCAAGUCCUCUCAGGAUGUGCAAGUAACCACUGGCAACCACAAUGUCACCAUCUCCUGGAGCGAGCCUGAAACUGCACUGUUACCAGCCUCCUAUGUGGUGGAGUGGUACCCACAGGGUCAGAAGAUGGAGGAACUCAGAUGGGUCCGACUGGGCGGCAGUGACGACCAUGCAGUCAUCACAGGUAUUAAGCCAUUUGAAUGCUACGAGGGGGCAGUGUAUGUUUUCAAUAGCGACAGCUCAGUGACCAGGAUGAUGUUUUCAGGUGUCACAACUUUGGAGUCAGCCCCAGAGGUUGGUCCAUCGUUCCAAGAGACGGUCGAGGGACAAGUAGUGAAGGUGACCUGGACGGAGCUUCCCAGGAGCAAGCAGAGGGGCUGUAUCACCAACUACACCAUCUAUUUAGAGAACAGCAGUGGACACCAGCAGCGAUACUCCGUACCAGCAUCGGACAGGACGUAUGUGAUCCAGCCCCUUUCUCCUGCCGUCUACAGCCUGUGGAUGACUGCGUCCACCGCUGAGGGAGAGGGGCCUGUGGGUCAACAAAUGAAGUUCCUAAUCCAGCAGGGAACUCUACUGACCAAGGUCCUUGUGUUUGGUACCAUUGCCCUGAUUGUGGUUAUAGUUUGCCUGUGCCAUUUGUCAGCAGUAAACCAGAAGUUCUGGGUGUUUUGCCAGUGCCUCAUGCUCGAUAUUGUCCCAGAUCCUGCAAACAGCAAGUGGGCAAAAGAGUGUACCCAUGAAAAGGGCAAGAUGAACCUCCAGCAGCAGCACAGUAACUCCAGUACAACAGAGGAGGAGGAGGAGGAGCCAAUCCUGGUCGAAAUUGAGGAGCUGCCCAGGCAGAGCGGUAGCAUCUCCAUAUCAACAAAUGUGUCCUCGCAACUCCCUCCUCAGAUCAGCCGGAGCUUAGACGCCACGCCACCGUACCCUGCGACCACCUACAUCAAGAGCCUCUCCCAUGAUUCUGACAGCUCCGACCACACACAAAGCUCAACUGUCGACUACAUCUCAUCACACGGUCUGGGAGAUAUGGAGGAGGAUCAGGAAGAGGAGGAUCAGGAGGAGGAGAUGCUGGGUUUCUCCCCCAGUCACCACCUCUUCAGCGGGCCCAUGAGCUUCGGAGGAAAGUUAACUCUGGACGCGGUGAAAAUUGACUUCUGUAGUGACUUCUUUCAGGAAAGCUAAUGUGAAAGCGGAACUCUCCGGUUGGGAGAUAACGAAGGACACAAUAAAAGUUUCAGUAUGUUGUUUGGAUCACACUGGGACAUACAUGAACUACCUCUUUACUUGUAAUCAGAACUGUAAAACAAACAGUCUAGCGCUAAACUAAGCAGUAAUCAUCGACUUAAAAUGUUCUUAAGUCCAAAUUGUAUGCAUUAUCCUUUUUCUUCCCAGAAUGGCUAUAUACUAAUACGAUUACAUUUCUGCCUGUUUGAGUUGAAAGUUACUGGAAAAAACUAAUAGGAUGUGAAAGGUCUUUUUCUUUAAAUAUUCAUCAACAUACUAGAAACAGGAGGAUCAGUCAUAUUCAGAGCUGCCCUUAAAAUAUCUUCAACUAAUCACCAUGU